CCAUAAGAGAGGUUGUGUGGCAGCGGCGUUUGCUAGCUGAAUUGGGGGAGGAGCAGCAAGGACCUACCCCACUCUAUUGUGAUAGCCAGGGUGCUAUUGCAUUGGCUAAGAACCCCGUUCUUCAUGGCCUUACCAAGCACAUGAAGGUGAAGUGGCAUUGGGUGAGGAGCAUGGUAACCGCGGGUGAAGUAGAGUUGCACUACGUGAAGACGACGGCGCAGCCAGCUGAUAUCAUGACCAAGAGGCUGGUUGAGCAGCAGCAUUGGAAGUGUUGCAAGCUUGCUGGGAUGGCUCUGAACUAAGGGGAGCAGAUUCUAAGGCCAACAAUCCGAGGGGGAGUUUGUUGGUGCAAUCCUAUGGCUUGCACUCGGCUUGUCGUCCUUGUUUGU